CCUUAAAACACGUUUCGCAUCCGUUAAAAAUACAAAAUGGCGCCAACAAAAGUACCGAAGAAACCGCUCAAAUCUAUGGAGAAGCUCGUAGAGAAACCGAUAUCGAAGAGCAAGAAGAUGAAAAAGAAGAACUAUCAAAGCUUUUCAAUUUACCUUUAUAAAUUAUUACGCAGCGUGGCGCAGGACAAUCUGGGAAUUUCGAGGAAAUCCAUGCUGAUAAUGAACAAUUUUGUUAACGAUAUGCUGGAAAAGAUCGCGGUGGAGGCAGGGAGGCUGGUGGCACACAGUAAGAAGACCACGAUGAGCAGCAAGGAUGUUCAGUCGGCGAUACGACUUCUGAUACCUGGAGAACUGGCGACGCACGCGAACAUAGAAGGCAUGAAGGCGAUCAACAUGUUCUACAAGAGCCAAGCGGCGGAGUCCGCUGAAGUAUGACUGAUGCGAA